UUGCAGCAUACUUUCUCAUAUUUAAAAUAUUGGUAGUAGGUUUAAGUUAUUACAGAAUUGGUAAUUACCUACUACCUAAUUAAUUUGGAAUUAGCUUACAGUCUUGGCUGCUCCGUCUAAACUUGCGUCCACCUCGGUCUCCUUGGUUACAACGCACAGCCUUGCUAUCCAGCUUUGUGAAUUACUGUUUGUGUGCAGUAGGCUAUUAUUCUUGCUGUUACACGCAGUUUCUGAGGGGUAAGUGAAACGUCGUAUUGAGCGGCCCAUUAUUUCUGUGUAUGAAUAUACGAGAUAUCGUUUCAAUAUAAGUGGAUUCAAAAUGACAAGUUACUGAGUCAGUGGACUGUGCUGAAGGGAAACCAGAAAGGGUUACCCUGGUAGUGACGGCACGUAGGACGAGGAGACAGCGGAGGGAGGGAGAGAGAGACCUCUGAAACCCUUACUGUAGCAAUAUUUCAUACUGAUGUUAUCAAUUUAAGCCCAAAAGGGCUGGGAGAAACGGCUGUGCAGUAGCCUACACUUUUGAUGGACAUAAACCGUCAGCAUACUCGCUGCUGACUUGUCGAUGAAGAUCCUUUCAGAAUCUGGACAGGUGAAAGCUACUAACUGCCCAAUGGAGAAAUAUGAAAAGCUGGCCAAAAUUGGCGAGGGUUCCUAUGGUGUGGUGUUCAAAUGCAGACACAGAGACACUGGACAGAUAGUUGCCAUCAAGAAGUUUGUGGAAUCUGAAGAUGACCCGGUCAUUAAGAAGAUUGCAUUGCGAGAAAUACGUAUGCUGAAGCAGCUGAAACAUGUGAAUCUGGUCAACCUGCUGGAGGUCUUCAGGAGGAAAAGACGGCUACACUUGGUGUUUGAGUUCUGUGAGCAGACGGUGCUCAAUGAGCUGGACAAACAUCCUCGAGGGGUACCCGAGACUCAGCUGAAAAGUAUAGUGUGGCAGACUCUGCAGGCUGUUAACUUUUGCCACAAGCACAAUUGCAUCCACCGUGAUGUAAAGCCAGAGAACAUCCUCCUCACCAAAAGUGGAGUCAUCAAGCUCUGCGACUUUGGCUUCGCCCGCAUUCUGACAGGACCAGAGGAUGACUACACAGACUAUGUAGCAACCCGCUGGUACCGGGCCCCCGAGCUACUGGUGGGGGAUACUCAGUACGGGCCUCCUGUGGAUGUGUGGGCUCUGGGCUGUGUCUUCGCUGAGCUGCUCCAUGGUAAUCCACUUUGGCCUGGGAAGUCUGACGUUGACCAGCUCUACCUCAUCCGAAAAACUCUAGGUGACCUGAUCCCCCGUCAUCAGCAGGUUUUCCGCUCCAAUAUUUUCUUCAGUGGAGUCAGUAUUCCUGAACCUGACACGACGGAGCCCUUGGAAAAGCGUUUCCAUGGAGUGUCUCUUCAUGCCCUUCAGGUUAUGAAGUCAUGCCUGGUGAUGGACCCGUCUCAACGGCUGUCCUGUGAAGAGGUGCUGGAGCUGCCUUACUUUCAGGAGGAAGGAGGAGCCAACUGGGGCCGUGAGGGUGAGCGUCUCGGAAGACGUCAUGACAAAGGCUCCCGUCGCAGGCAGGCAGGGGCUCAGUACCUUCCUCAGUUACCAAACAGCAACAUCUCACCAGCACCAGAUGUCAAGAAACAGAUGCCCCUGUGGGCUCUGAGAAGACAUGGCCAGAAGUAAACAUGGCCGGAGUUACAUGCCCAGGAGAAAGAAAUCAAUUUUCUUGAUCUACUCACAAAAUGAGGUACUUUAGAAUCAAAUGAUCCAUUUGGGAUUUUGGGAGUUUGAAGGCUAGAAGAAAAUAUGAAAACACAUGAGUAUGCUGUAAAAUCUCAUUAACCCCGGGGUGUUGCAAUGAUCUUGUACUUGCGAGGCACAUUGGCGAAGCUGCUGUUCUCAGGGCUGAGAUCUACACUGUCAGGUCCUCCAGGGCAAGAAAAGGUGAAAUGCUGCAGAAGUGACACCAUGAAGAGGAAAAUCUCCAUGCGAGCGAGGGACUCUCCGACACAAGAUCUCUUUCCUGAAAGAUUACCACACAAAAAAA